AUGAAUCUGUCGCUAGAUGCCCAACAUCUAGGAAACAGCGCAUGCCUAAUUCGAAUCCUUUGGUUCAAAUUUUCAUUUCUCACUCUUUCUUUUGCUUUGCUUCUCUUAUCGGAUAAUACCCCCCCAAAAAAAGCAGUUACCAUUUACGUAUCAAAUCAGCAGAUAAACAACAGCACACCAAAUGAUGGCGCUGUGCAGUUCCUACUCAGUGUUACGUCUACACCAAUAAUUAAAAACUCCCUCUUCUCAAAGAUUGUUCCAUGUGCAAAAACAAUCGUAUUCAGUUUUACAAUAAAUUGGUACUCGUGCAUGGUUUGCACGCCACGAUGCUCGCUCUCAGUGCAGAACAAAUCAUAUGUGUGCACAAUUCGCAUGUACAUAUCGACCGCUUCGUUUAUGUAUUCAACCACCUGAAUAGUUGGUAUUACAAGGUGUAGCUCAUCUACGCUGUUGUACGAGGAUUAGAAACGGUGAGCGAUAUGUUUGAAGUGUUGGUGUGUCUACAACACAGCCUAAGACACUUCGUUGCUCAAGGUGUUUUAAUUGGCACGUAAUUUGUUGUUUUGAAGGACGAGAUACGGUGCUGUGAAGCGGUGUUCUGUAGACACAUAUUUUUAUUGUUGCCAUCAAUGAUUGCGUUUGUGAGCGCUACCGUGCCACCGAUCUCAAUAUGCUAGGUGAUACACCACUGUGUUCGCACACCAAAAGCAUUGUGUUUGUGAAUUGCCGUAACGGGUGAUAUGUUCCGGGAGCAACCAAGAGCAUUUAAGGUAACGCGCCACAGCCGAAUUCGCUAUGCUACAGCACACUCAUAGUGGAAAUACACCAAUCAGGUAAAAAUUCUCUUAAAAUCGUGAUAUGCUGUUCAUGACACACGCAGCACUAUAGUGCAUGGCUCAUCCACGCGGUGUAACCAAGAAAUAUCUUUCUUAUUAUCUGUGGCAUACAUUACAUCGUGCUGUUCCGGUAUUCCACGGUCUCUCCAUCUUUUACACAGUUGAUCUGUUUGCUGCACGCAUCUUUAUAUCGAUUUGAUGGCGUGUUGCAGGUGGAUUCUUGCAUGCUUGUUAAUGUUUGUCCAUUCCGCUCGUCUCGCUUUAAUCAUUUUGUGAUUAUCGCAUAUCAAGUUGGUUACCCGUGUUACAGCUGGUGCAGUAGGCCCCCUCUGGCAAAGGGGAUUUACCAACGGUUUACUCAAAAUUUUGAGACCUAGGAAAGGUAUUUAGGUAAGAAAACAUACGCUGUGGUGGUAAUGAAAGACUGUUGCAGACUCAGGCACCGGAACCAUUUACGGGUUGUAUGGCGGUGUGCCAGGCAAGCUAAUAAAAUUAUCCAGCA